GCAAGAGGCCGGCGGCAACGUGGAACUGACUCGCGUCUCCGCCAUCCACAGGUCGCGGGGCAGUGGAUUGUCUUGCCCAAGCUCCUCACAGCCUGAAGCAACGCGAUGCUAAAAACAUCACAGAUUCUCUCAUAUUUCCUUGCUUAAGAGAGCAUCGUCUACUCGGACAGGACCGUUCACCACAUCUCCGACUCAGGCCAGUAUGCUGGGCAUCUACCGGCCAGGCUCAGCCAUCUUGUGCGGCCGUACCUCUUCGUGCCCGAGACAUUUCUCGACUCGUGCCUCAUCCACCGCACUUCACUUUUAUCAGAACAGACAACUGGAGCUCUAUGCUUCCAAGGACGCUCAGAGAUUGACGCUACGGCAAUUGGUGUUCUUCGGACGGUCUAUCACGGAGGAGAGGCUUAUCAAAAGCGCGAACUAUGUCCGCACGGAGCUCCCCGUGAGGAUAGCGCAUAGGCUGCGGGAUAUGCAGACCCUGCCAUAUGUCGUAGUCAAUCAGGAGGGCGUAGCGAGUGUAUAUGAGGCCUACUGGUCUGCUUUCGACAAGUUCCGGAGAUAUCCAGAGAUCAAGACGCUAGAGGAUAAUGAAGUGUUCUGCAAAUUCGUGCGCGGCCUGCUCGACGAACACAAAACAGUGAUUCCCAAUCUCUCACUGGGAUUGUCUCUUUCAUCGCCAUACCUUGAGCCCGAUCGCCUAGACUCGUUCAUGCACCGCAUGCUUGUCUCCCGUAUAUCGCGUCGGGUUCUAGCGGAACACCACAUCGCGCUCUCGAGAUACUUCUCUGCACGGCAGAGCGGCCAACGCAUUCCCGAGGACCGUGUCGGUGUCAUCCACUUGCGCUUGCCCGUGAAAGACAACAUCGAAAAAUGUGCGAGAUUCCUGCGCAAACGGCUGUGUGACGCAGAUCAAGACCAAAUCGACGGCGCCUCCGCAGAAGCUCCCUGGCCUGAGGUGAUCAUCGAGGGACAUCUAGACAUCAAAUUCUCAUAUAUUCCUGCGCACCUUGAAUACAUCGUGUUCGAGCUACUGAAGAACUCGCUUAGGGCUACCCGCCUCAAACAUACCUCGCUGCGUCAACUCCCUCCAAUCCGUGCUACCGUUGUUGCAGGUGAAAAUGAGGUCACCAUUAGGAUAUCUGAUCAAGGCGGAGGUCUGCUCACUCCUGAGAUCAAGAACCCGAUGGACCAGUUCUCGUUUUCACAUCUGCGGAACCCUGCACGUAUGGACAGCAGACGUCUCGUUGCGCUACGCAGUAUCAGCUCCAGCCAGACCGGCAUGGUUGCCACUGUUGAGGAGCAGGUAAAGCGUUGGGAAAGGGAAGCCGACAGCGAGGAUCCUCAGCAGGAAGCUGGUGUAAGCCCACAUCCAAAGAUCGGUAUUGGUCUUCCGAUGAGCAAUAUCUUUGCAACAUACUUUGGAGGAUCGUUGGAGCUCGUCAGUCUGGACGGCUAUGGCACGGACGCGUAUCUCCGUCUUCCAAGAUUGGGUACGAAUCUCGAGGGCAUCGAGCUAUGGUAGAUGCUGGUGAUCAAGACGUCCUGACGUAACUUAUACUGAUGUUCUUACACGACCACACUUCGCGAUGUAUAACAUACCUAUAUCACCGUGUGAAUGACAAACCUCACGGCCGAGCGUACAAUCCGUAUGCCCAAUUACA